AUGGACUUUUCGCAGAUGCAGACGCCGCCUCCCACAAGAGACGCCACGUCCAGAAGGAGUAUGCAGCAAAGUGGAGGGAAUGGGUUUGGCACUCCGGCUACUGUUAUUCAAAGGACGCCCACCCAAGUCCCGACCACAGAUGCCCUGUUCAAUCAAACACCAUUCGGCUUCUCCAAUAUACCAUUUUCACCAGGCAUGAUGCCGUUCGCGAAUGCAGGACCAAUGUCAGCACCACCCAUGCCCCACUCGCGCCUGUUCUGGGACCAGCCCAACGACAACACUCAGAUGGAUGUAGACAUACCCCUAGCGUCAGACCCUUUUGGUCCUACACCGCACAGGAUUGACCAGAGUAUCAGCUGGCAAACGUUCCAAUCUCCUGUUGCCAAUCAAAUGAACCCCCAAGCUUCUUAUCAAGCUCUGCAUGGCAUGUCUUCGCCCGGCCCCGUGGCGUCAUACGGGACAAGCCACCUGGGCGGAGGGCAAAACUCAAGACCUAACUCGUUCGUAUCCACAUCUGCUGGCGUUGAUCCUAGCAUGCUCUUUAGCUUUUCAAAUCCUGGCCUGACUACUUCUUUUGGUAGCAUACCGCAGCAGGCUAAUAAGCAAGUUGGCUCCAGACAGCCAUAUGAGACCCAGACACGAGACUCGUUACGGGAGAAGGAAAUGGCCAAGAAGGCGAAGAGUCAGCACUCACGCACCAAUACGAACUCAUCGUCAGGUUCAGUGGAGGACAUCAAGCCUAGCCUACAACGAAGCAACACCGACAGCGGCUUUAGGAGGCACCGGCCUUCAUCAAUGGAGUCGAGGAACUCAGGCCAGGCAGCUGCCUCGACGAUUCCACGUCGCUCAUCGCCGUUAAAACGACAGAGUGGUGUAGCACUUACUGCCAUUCCAGAGAUACGAAGACCUCGCACACGGUUGAUUAUUGACGAAACUGGUCGAGCUCGCACAGAGACUGUACCUGUUGGGGACGAGGAGGAUACUCCCAGGGAUAUGCGAAUGGGAUCUCAGAAGGACAUGAGGCGUCAGUAUCCUGGGUUGUGGGAAGAAGACGACACCGAGUCUGACGAUGACGAGCCGGCUCCAGCAGUCGGUCGUAACACAUCAUUCAGCGUACCGCAGCCGCAACGUCGUUCCAUGAAACAUGCUAGGGCAGAAAGUGGCGGCCUCGAGAGAUCCAACUCGUUCAAGAUACCGCGACUUGCCUCUAGACCAGCUUCAAGCGCUUUCGAUAAAGCUUCGUUCGAAACAGUACGUCCUGUCCGAAAGCUUGCCGAUAACCCGUCUCGGAGAUUCAGCAUGAUGGACUUCCCUACCUCGUUCGAGAGCGUGAAACAGAGUGAGGAUCAACACAUGCCUGACUCUCCUGGCGACGCCUUGGGGGCGUUGAAGAAGGUGGUAGCAGGCCGGCAGCAAAGAAUUGAACGUGCAUCUCAUAACACUCUCAAAGCCCAUAACCAGCGCUGGGCUCAAGCAUCUGCUGACCUCACCAACACCACCACUCCUCACGGCUACGGCCAUUACGACCCAUUCACUAAUUCCUUCAACGCCUCUCCCAAUACCGAUGGUCUGACCACGCCGUCAACCGACCGAAGCAGUCGUUCGAGCGAAAGCACACGAUGCGUCUGCAACGGCGUCGAUGACGGCCAGCCUAUGGUACAAUGCGAGUCGUGCAACAAGUGGUUACACAUGGAUUGUGUUGGCUUGAAUGCAAACAACCUACCGCCUGUAUUCGUGUGCAUAUUCUGCACCGGACAGACGCCGAUUGCAAGAGGCGGUAGAGUCCGAGGGCCAGUGCCCUUUGAUUCGCCGCUUACGCAUAAGUCGAUGUUUCGACGAUAG